AUGACGUCCAAUAUGUAUGAUUCGGACGAAGCUUGUAAUAAAUCGCCGCCGCUGGUAGCGAUAAAGCCCAACUAUGGAGAGGACAAACCCUCAACACCACCGUUUGUCUCUGUCCCGGAAAAUCAGGCCGAUGCAGCGGGUCAGUCCCGUAAGCACCAGCCGGAGCCGCACUCACCCCAAACCCACGAGGGCGACCGAGUGCUGAUGGGGUAUCUAGCACCGAACUUACCACAUAUUGCGGAGAUAGCAAGGGAUCGCCCACUGGAGCCAAUUCACAAAGACCGAAAAAAACCUCUUCAACCGCCAGACUUUAUUCCCCCAAAGCCAGUUCCUGUUGGGAUUGCUCCUCGGUUAAAGGAGCCGGACCAGGUACCUCCCGCUGCCAUUGAAGUGAGAAUUCCUGAGGGAGCCCUGCAGAAUACACAGACUCUGCAACCGGAUGGCUUUAAGGAGUUGGUCUCAGCAAGAAGUCGAUAUAAUUCCUUCAGUGACCUGAGCCGACGACCCUCAUCAGACUUCUCCAAAUCCCCUCCGGAGAUCAAACACCGACUCUCAGUCUCUACUUUAAAGCCAAUUGAUGCAUCAUGCCUGGCCAAAUCGCCCGACAGCACCCAGACCCUGCCUCCUAUUCACAAAGCUCUCAGCGACUUGUCCGACUUUGGGCCUAGUGUCACCACAAUGGCAUCCCCCUACCCCUACUCCUCGCUGCCCGGAUCUGCAGCAUCAGGGACUGAUUCUCCAUAUCCCUUCCCGACAAAGUUCUCCAUGGCCGCAAGCUUGUAUCCAUCUCAUAUAUCGCCUGUGAGCAUGAAGGACAGCUCCACCAACCCUUCUCCAGCCUCACAGGCUUCCUUCUGGCGUGCGCCCACAUCGGAGAUGUUGUCCGCCCAGACUCCGUACGAGACUUCGCGCAUCACCGCUACUAGUCCGGCAACCAGCUAUCCCACACCCACAGAGCAAGUCGGCGUUGGCAUGGGCGACCGGGUGUCGCUUGCCACACCUAACGGCGGGUCCGUAGGUAGCUAUAAGUGCACGCAUCUCGGGUGUACAGCUGCGCCCUUUCAAACCCAGUAUCUCCUCAACUCUCAUGCGAAUGUGCACUCGCAAGACCGUCCUCACUUCUGCCCAGUAGAAGGGUGUCCGCGAUCCCUGGGUGGCAAGGGAUUCAAGCGCAAGAAUGAAAUGAUGCGCCACGGACUAGUCCAUAAUUCCCCCGGUUACGUCUGCCCCUUCUGCCCGGAUCAGCAACACAAAUACCCACGUCCAGAUAAUCUCCAACGACAUGUCCGCGUCCACCACGUCGACAAAAACAAAGACGAUCCCGUCCUCCGCCAAGUCCUCGCUCAACGUCCCAUGGGCAGUGCUCGUGGGCGAAAGCGAAGAAUGAAUUAA